AUGCUUGCUUGCUUAGCUCGUCCCAUUUAUUCUGCAGGCCUCAGAGAAGGUUCUGCCCUUCAUCAAGCGGCUUUCCGUAGGUCUUUGGGCCUUCGAUUCAUCUCCUCAGCUAAGCCCCCUUUGACUAAACAAUCUUCUUCAACAAGACUCAAAAAGUUGAUCCAAAAAUACGGCUAUGUGGGUCUCGGAGUCUAUGUCGGUAUUGCAAUUAUCGAUCUGCCUCUCUGUUACUUGUUGGUCCAUUCUUCAGGUGAAGAUCAGAUCCGAGAUCUUCAGGAUAAAUUCCUAGUGUGGAUUGGUUGGAAAAAUAAUGGUGGUGAUAGGAGAUCUGAAUCUGCACCAUCUCAGUCUGUUUCUAAAUUGCCUGAUGAUAAAAGUUCCACUUUUUGGACAGAACUUGCAGUUGCAUACGCUUUGCAUAAACUUUUGAUCGUUGUUAGGCUUCCUCUCACGGCUGCUGUCACGCCUGCCGUGGUGAAAAGGCUCCUGAAGAUGGGGUUCAAAAUGGGGAACAUUAACUCUUCCACUGUUAAAGCCACUCUCAAGACCAGUAUUGAGAAGGGCAAGUACGACCCAACCGCUUCUAAUCCUAAAUUCGGCAAGCCUCCAACUAAGGGCCAAAGGUGGUUCUUCUGA